AUGAAGUCACUGAAGCGCGUAGCAGUAGAAGGCCCGGAAGGUGCACUCGAAGCAACUUCUCGGCCGGCCUCCUUCUCAUCUUCAAUCUCGCGAAGAUCGCCCCCCACCAGGAAUCACUUGAGUCCACCACCCAGUCCAUCUGCCAACACGACAAGUCCACCUCACAAGCCCGUCGGCAUGGAACGUAUCUUCACCUUGACCCCCACUCCGACCGCCGUCCUCGAUCACACCCUCUGUUUCACUGCCGUCUCCCACACAUACCAGCAGCUCUUCAAGACGACACUCGACGAUCUCCGCGGUCGGGGCUUCUUCGACGUCAUUGCCCAAGUCUUGGAUGCCACAAACGUACUCCUGGUCAAGCAACUCGUCAACGAUGCCAUCUCCUCUCGCAAAGAGUCCAAAACAGAGCCUAUCCUCGGCAGCGUUCUCCCGGGCCAUUGGCGUCUGAGAGCCAUCCCGAUCUACGAUGGAGACGACCUCCUCUAUCUCGUCGUCGAAGGUCAAGAUGCCACUGCAGACGUCGAGCAGGCCAUUGCCCAGGAAGCCAAGCUCGAAGUUGCCGAAACCUAUCGCGUGUUGGUCAGUACCCUCCGCGACUACGCCAUCUUCAUGCUCGAUACCACCGGUUGCAUCUCCACUUGGAAUACUGGUGCCUCCCUUCUCAAGCAGUAUUCACAAGAAGAGAUCAUUGGUCAGCACUUCUCAAUCUUCUACAGCGACGAGGACAAGAAGGCCACAAAACCCCGGAAAGAGCUCGAACUGGCCCUGCGCGACGGCAAGGUCGAGGACGAAGGCUGGCGCGUGCGCAAAGACGGAACUCGCUUUUGGGCCAACGUCAUCAUCGCCCCCGUCUACCGUGACGGUAUCCUGCAAGGUUUCAGCAAAGUCACUCGUGAUUUGACUGAACGAAAAGCGAGCGAGGCUCGCCUCAUUGCUGCAUACGAAGAGGCCUCCAGACUGAAGUCAGAUUUCCUCGCCAACAUGAGCCACGAGAUCCGGACCCCCAUGCACGGAAUGCUGUCUGCCCUGUCCCUCCUCAUCGAUACCGGCCUGUCCCAGGAACAGCAUGAGCUUGCUGAUAUCAUCGAUGAAUCGGGGGCCAUCUUGCUGCAAGUCAUCAACGACAUCCUCGACUAUUCCAAGCUCACCUCCGGCGCAUUUUCCAUCACCACCAAAGAGGUCAUCAGCAUCGCCGACAUCGUCGCCGCAGUGCGCCGCAGCUAUAACGUCGGGCCCGAGUCUGGCCCGCGCUUCGAGAUUGAAUUGGACCCAAAACUACCCAAAGUCGCUCAAGGUGAUCCUCUGCGCUACCGCCAGAUCUUGCAGAACCUCGUCUCCAAUGCCGUCAAGUUCACAGAACACGGCUAUAUCCGUGUCAAAAUCAUCUUGACCCAUGAAGACGAAUCCUCUUACAGUAUCAGGACAGAGGUCAUCGAUACCGGCAUCGGUGUCCCCGCCGAGUCCGAGAACUUCUUGUUCAUCCCUUUCACUCAACUCGACAACUUCUCCACCAAACGAUACAAAGGCACGGGACUUGGCCUUUCAAUAUGCAAAAGCUUGGCAGAGUUGAUGGGCGGCACAGUAGGCUUUACCAAGAACGAGGACUGCCAAGGCAGCAACUUUUAUUUUACCGUCACAGUGGGAAAACUGGAAAUCGCUCCACCGGUACGUCCAAUCGUGUCCACCGCCGACCUGGAUAUCAAAGCAUUGGCGCCGAACAAGCACCUCCUCCUGGUCGAGGAUAACGCAAUCAACCAGACCAUCAUGGUGCGGCUGUUGCGAGGCUUCGGUUUCGAGAAGGUCGAUGUCGCCUGCGACGGUGCCGACGGGUUGCGACUCGUCAAGCAGAAGCCAUUGGCCUACAGCCUGAUCCUUAUGGACAUUAGCAUGCCUGUCAUGGAUGGCGUUAAUGCGACCAGGCAGAUCAGGGCCUCGGGCUCCACCAUUCCCAUCAUUGCCAUGACUGCAAACGCUUUAAAGGGAGAUGAAGAGGCUUAUCUGGCGGAAGGCAUGAACGAUUACAUUGCCAAGCCUGUGGACCGGAGAUUACUCAUGCAAGCACUUUUACGAUGGCUACGAUGA